GAGAGAGAGAGAGAGAGAGAAAAGUCCAUGCAGACAGACGAAAAGUCUUGGCCUUCGGCAACCCGCACGAGUAGCGACCCUCCGUGUCCAUCACCUCCCGUUUCGACCUCCCUUCCCUGCUCAUAUUUAGGAAGGAAAGCUCCAUUGAUCCAACGCACGCAACCCCCCUCUUCCCACCGUCUCCGCAAUCUCCUUCCCAUUACCAGUCAACCACGCAGAGAUACGAAUGCGAACGCGAACGCAAUAUAGCUCGCGAUGAUGAUGGGAGAAAAAGCAGAGGGAGGGAGCCGCCAGAGCAGCGGCGGCGGCGCCUCCCCCCACCACCGCCCGCCGGGGGCCGCGCAGGCCGCCGCCACCACGCCCCUCUCCGGGAUCGCGGAGGCGUUCGAGGAGAUGGCCGGCCUCCUGCGGUCCGACAAGGGCGGGGGCGUGGAGCUCCGCUUGGACAAAUUCUGCGACGCCUGCUCUCUGGUCUCUGUUCUCUUCGGUUGCCUCGGCCUCGCCUUCAAGUUCGCCGAGAUGGAGUACAUCGCCAAGGUACGUGAUCUUGUGGAGGCAUCAAAGACACAUCGCACAUUACAAAACAUACUGGAUCUCGACGUUGCAAAUAAUUCAGUGAGAACUCCAGGAAGUCAUACACGUAAUUUACGCCGAGUUAGGCAGGGUCUUGAUCUCAUCAGAGCUCUAUUUGAGCAGUUCUUGUCUUCUGACGAUUACUCAUUAAAGGAUGCGGCUACCACAGCCUAUACACAAGUUUGUGCGCCGUUCCACACGUGGGCAAUCAGGACAGCUGUUUAUGCUGGAAUGUAUGCUCUUCCAUACAGGGAUCAACUUCUGCUAAAGCUCAAUGAAACUGAUAAGACGGCCGAGAAGAAGAUGAGAAGGUAUAUCAAGGCCUCGAUCCCAGUUAUACAGUACAUUGAUAAGUUAUACAUAUCCAGGAAUAUUAGCUUGGACUGGUGAACUGAUACGCCUCGCUUUCAUUCAUGUCGAUAGCUUUGACCAAUCUCUCCUUGUACAGAACAAGACUUUUCAGGCAAUUUUGUUGUCUACAUCUCUGUCUCCCUUCACUCCCUUCCUUCAUGCACCCCCAGCUUACGGUGGGAAAACCUUAUCUAGGAGUGAAUACCGCAAUUGUUCCGCAGCUUCUGCUUCCGUUAGGAUGCACUGUGACACGAAGCUAUUAUGUAGAAGGAUAGUCAAGGGAUUCUCGGACAAAGUACGAAGUAGUUACAAACACUUGAUGAAGGAAGGGAUGAUUGAUAAAAUACAUGUACCGCCAAAGAGACCAAAAGGAAAUAAAAAGUUAUAGAAAGCUGUGAAUCAUUCAAUUA